AUGGCUAGUUUUGAGGUUUGUAAUUGAAAAUAAUCUUGACGUAGGCAUUAUUAUUUAGUUUUUCACAAAGGCAGAGGCGGACACCGUUGUUGUCUACGAAUAAUUUCAGUUUCUAAACUUUAAAAUGUAAAUAUAAAGCAAUGUCGAGUAUACAAUACAUACUAAAAUGUGAAGCCCUUGAUCCAAGCUAGCCUGUUAUGUUUUAUGUCAGCUCCAUAGAGGUUUCAGUCGCAUCAUCUUUAUAUUCCAGUAAAUUUAGUUUCCAGUAAAAUCAGUGGAAACACUGAGAUUCGACUAACCAGAAAGGAAAAAGAUUGGUGAAUAUUCUUAAGUAGCCUAUUCUAACGAUAGUUAAGCCUAGGCUAUACCGGGUCAUUUUUCUAGUUGAAUGCCAGUAUAUUUCUAUAUUUUACAUUAAAGCGCGUUUUGAGUAGUAAAGUCACUUAAGAACAAAAUAAGUUGAAGCAAAUAAGGAAAUGAGAUCACUACGAGCACGAGAAGCUAUUCUCAUAGCCUGUGCUUUCGUGGCAUACUGUAUGGUUGAAUCGCAGUUGUCAUUGAAUGGAUCACCAUGUCAACGGUCAUCUCUUGAUUUGUAUUUUGAAAAUGACGUUACACUGGAAUUUGAAAAGUUUGGAUUUGAUUGUGCGGGAAAUAAGUCACAAACUGAAGAAUGUAAAAAUGCAACUCCGAAAAAUAGUACCAGAGCUAUUGUGAACGGGAAAGUCUUCAGCCUGGAAACCGACAAAGAAAAGUUCAUCCCAACGUUAGAUGAAGAAGCACCAGAGCAAGAAAAAGCUGUCGGCAAUUUAGGACCAAAAUUAAAGACUCUGACUUUGAUGGAAGACCAACAAGGCUCGGUUCUACACAUGCUGAAUUGUGAGGAAAUUGAGCGACUCUUCAGUCCUGAUUCUCCCGAUGAGUUUCAUAGCCAAGAUGGAAUCGAAACUUCAAUUGUAUCAUACACUGGCUAUAUAGAACAUCCAGUUCUAGGACGCACACCUUGUAUUUUAAAGAAGGUUAAUAAGGAAGUAAAUGACGGGAUACCACACCGCACUCUAACUAAUGAAUUUGAAAAAAGAAAAAUUUUAGGAGGAAAUACCAAAGUUACAAAGAGAUUGUUGGGAGAAUGUGAUAACGAAGAGUCGUUGAGUAUUUUAGUGGAAAGAGAUCUGGAAUCCACUACAUUAUGUGAUGAUGAGCAGGUAGGAACUUAUGCAAACUCAAAAUGUAUAAGAAACGAAAAGUUAAGAGCUCGCAUUGAAGCAAGUGAAGACAAAACAAGAUCUGCAUUCGGAUUUAUAAAGGAAAUAUUAUGCGUGUUCGCAGAAAUAGAAAGGAAGAAAUUUUUUAUGCAAGAUAUAAAUGGAAAACAUAUUUCAUUUUCUUCCAAUUUUUCUGUUCAUAUCAAUAACAUUGAUAUUUUGUCUCAUCAUGGGUCUCGUAACAUCCUUUCUGGAAGCACAUGCAAAUACGACGAUAAUUGUCCGGCACCUACAAGUCUUUUGUGGGUGAAUGGGUCGGCAAAUAGAGUGGUGUAUGAAAAAUGUAAUGAUCCACUACCGCUAUGUACAGAUAGAAGUUGUUCGGGGUAUAACGCUACUCUUCAUAUGUGUGGAAUAACAAGAUGGAUUCUUCAACCUUUGUAUGAAUAUUUUCAUCGAAUACAAGACAGAUCUAGGAUGACACAAAUAAUGAUGUCAAGUAUGAAUAGUUGGCCUUUUCUUCGUCGUACUGCGAUGGAAGCUUGCAGCAGGGCGACAAUGUAUUUAAUCUUAUACGACAAAGAUAUGAAAGCGAUGAAUCAACCAGUGAACAAUAAGAAAAAAAGUUUUCAUGUUGGACCAAGAAAGCCAAAACCGAAAUAGUGAAAGCGAAGAAAUUGUAAUGAUCAAUCGAUGAAUUUGCGGCUUGGUCUGAACCAGUGAAUGGUGUUUUGUCCAGUCUGAAUUAUGUCCAUGCGUUAUUCAAGUAAUGCAAAAUCUUCAGUCACUUAGAUAAUUUUUUUGAACUCAGCCAAGGUGAAAAAAUGAUGGUGAUGACACAAAAUACGUCAACUCAGAAAAGUCGCCAAAAUUUCAAAUGAAGUUCAAUCGGGCGACACUUAUGCGUGUUAGGGUAAGAGGGAAUAGAAAAGACGCACAUAUUCUCAGGACCAAUGUGGGUACACUCAUAGUAUGUGAACCAGGCUAGGGUUAGGCCAUAAUUUUAGUGGUAAUCACUCCCUUUGCACAACUUGAUGCAAAGUAGGCGAACAAAAUUAGUUACCUCCCUAUUGGUACACAUACUUCUGGAGUGCCCCAAAAGGCCAAAGUGCAUUUAUUCACCGAUGACAGCCGUCAAUACAGUGCUGUAACUAUAGCGACGUGAACCGAAACAUGGCAAAAAUAUCAACUUGAAAAAUAAAAUUACCAUAGAUUUGUGUGAGAUCUACUCCCCCGUUUCCACUCAUAAUCAAAGAAACCCCUCUGAGUGAAGUUGCGCACAACGGCUAAAAUAUCAAAGGAGGAAUUGAAACAAUAAAAAUUUCCGAUGGUGCAUAUCUACAAACCACUGCCAAAAUAUAUUACAUUCGAGUAUAUUCCGAUACGUCCUUACAGAUUAACCGGAGCGCCCGACAAUACGCAAAUUUUUUUUUUUUAUUAUUCCAUCAGCAUAUUUGCGAUGUGCGACCGUAGUGAUCCAAUUUUGCUUUAGAAAACACCAUAAGAAUAGGCAUCUGUUCAGAAUGACCCACCCAUCACAAUUUAAAUAAAACAGUAAAGCAAAUCUAUUUUUACGAGUUUAAAAUUGGCACAAAUAAUGUUGCAUAAAAAACAAGUCGUAAAAUGCACCAGUGAUAAUAAUAAAAGACUGUGGAACGCAAAAUAAUUUACCAAAACAAAUUAAUCAGAUGUCCGUGUGCUUGAUUUUAUAGGAUUUAAAUAAAGCCACUGUGAAGAGAAAUAAAUUAAUUUGGUUUACAUGAAUGCAAUUUACAGACGGGCCUCCCUUGGCUCCCAACGCUUAUUUUAGGGGUAGCUCAUUGAAUUUAUCUAAUAUGAAUCUCAUAAUUUCCAUCUCUAUAAAUAACAGGCCCCGAGCAAUUGAUUCGCCCAGGGCUUAUUAAUAUUAAAAAUCGUGCCCGCUUGAUCAGAUUAAGGGAUAAUUGAUUUACCAAUUGCAUUUCCUCAGAGUACUAUAGCUUAGGCUUUGUUGGCAUAGUGUGAUAAACGACACCAAAAAUAAUUUUGGAAUAUAUCUAUGCAAUAUACAUCAAUCACAAAUUCGUUUCAAAUAAUGCUGGGGAAGUUUACGAAAAUAUGAUGUGUAACACCUUUUGUCUAGUGAUUGAACAUUUUUUAUUCAUUGCACUGAGGUUUUAAGUAUCAAAUAAAAAUUUUAUUUACGAA